AUGCUUUCCACUCUGCUUACUGGACUAGCGGCCCUCUCUGUGGCGCGUGCCUCUCCUCAUGCCCUUUCGCGUCGUGGAACUGUCGGCUCGGAUGAGAUUGCUGGCUUGCCGCAGACUGUGCCUAGUGGAACGGUCGGAAAUGUCUAUCUAGCUUAUCAGCCGGACUUGAAAGUUGUCAAUGGAUGUGUUCCUUUCCCUGGUGUUGAUGCCGAGGGUAACACCAAUGCCGGUCUCAAGCCGUCAGGCGGCUCCUCCUCCGGCUGCAGCAGCAACACCGGUCAAAUCUAUGUCAGAGCAAGCACCUCAGGCGACUACUACGCCGUCAUGUACUCAUGGUACUUCCCCAAGGACGAACCCUCAACAGGAAUCGGCCACCGUCACGACUGGGAAGGCGUGAUUGUCUGGUUGAAAGACUCCACGACUAUCUCAGCUGAUAACGUCGUUGCUGUUUGUCCUUCUGCUCACGGCGGCUGGGAUUGCAGCACUAAUGGCUUCACACUUGAUGGCACUGUUCCCCUGAUCAAGUAUGAGUCUAUUUGGCCUGUUGAUCAUAGCUGUGGUCUUACCACCACUGUUGGUGGUACUCAGCCUCUUAUUGCGUGGGAGUCUAUGUCCACUGUUGUUCAGGAUGCUUUGGAUACCACGGACUUUGGUUCUGCAAAUGUUCCGUUCAAUGAGAACAAUUUUGCUAAUAACUUGGCGAAAGCUACGUUCUAA